AUGGAGCAGUGCAAUGAGAGGAGGUUCGUGUGUAAGUUCUGUAACAAGAGGUUUGCUUGUGGGAAAUCACUAGGAGGUCACAUCAGAACUCACAUGAACAACAACAAGAACUCAGCUGACUCAGAUGAGGAUGAACACACUAAGUUCAUAAUCGAUGAAAAUGGAGGUCAGCAAUCUAGUUACGGUCUGAGAGAGAAUCCUAAGAAGAACAAGAGGUUUGUGGAUCAGAGAGAGAUGAUGGCUCUGAAACAUCAUCACCAGCAUCAACAACAACUGCUUUAUUGCAGAGAAUGUGGUAAAGGUUUCGCUUCUUCGAAAGCUCUUUGUGGUCACAUGGCUUCUCACUCUGAGAGAGAGAAGGUUGUGAUGGAUAGUCAAUCUGAUACUGAAGAUUCUACGUCUCCUAUUAAGAGAAGAUCCAAGAGAGCUGUGAAACAUCAUCAUCAUCAUCAUCAUCACAAGGCUGAUGGUUUAGUAGUUGGUGGUAGCAUCAUGAAUCAGUAUGAUUCAGCAUCUUCUGAUGAGUCUGAGAUUGAGCCGGAACAAGAACAAAUGGCAUUGUCUCUGAUGAUGCUGUCUAGGGAUGAUUCAGGUUUCAAGAAAGGACAUAACUUGGUUGUGAACUCUUUAGCUGAGUCAUCAGACAACAACUCUGUGAUUCUUGAGACUAAGUCUUCUUCAGGAGAACAGCUGAAGAAGAUCUUCAAGGUCAACGAGUUUCGUAAGAAAGACAAACUUGGAGAAGGAGGAGUUGACCAUAUGAGAUCAGGUGAGGAUAAUGGUGAUGUUCUGUAUGAUUCAGAUAACUCUGACUCUGGCUACUUCAGGAAUGGACCAAAGAAGUUAGACUCAGAUGUCUCUGUUGAUGGUUUCCUCAAGAACAAGGCUGCAAUGGGAUUCAACAGCUCACAGGAUAAGAGCUUGAACAGGUUCAGGACAGGAUCAGAUCGUUCUUCAACAAAGUAUGAUCUGAGGAAAAGCAGAACAGGGUUUCCUUUUCACGGUAGAAAGAAAAUCAAGUAUGAGUUCAGUGAGUCUGUGUAUGACAGUGGUGAUCAGCAGAGCUUGGAGACUGAAUCUUGUGCGGACACAAUCAAGAUUCAUAGUAAACCCCCAUUGGUUAAGAAAGCAAGUGUUGGUGGUGGUGUGAAGAAGAAAAGCAAAGGACACGAGUGUCCUAUUUGCUUCAGGGUGUUUAAAUCAGGACAAGCUUUAGGUGGUCACAAGAGAUCACAUUUCAUUGGGAAUCAUGAACACAGGACUUUGGUGAUCCAACAACACCAAGUGCCUCAUGAGAUGCAUACUCUCAUCGAUCUCAAUCUUCCUGCUCCUAUUGAUUAA